UCUUACAACAAGGCCUAAAGAAGUUUCUCUCUCUUUUCUUUACUUGGCUUUCUUAGGUAGUUUUUCAUUUUAGUAUCUCUAUCUUUAUUUUCAGUGUUUCGUGUAUGGCGCUAAGGAAGAAUUUGAGAGAACAAAAGCCAGUUAUGUAUUGGGCAAAACAAAAGUGAAAAACAAAGAGAUUAGAACAGAAAAAAGAAAAAAUUCACAAACACCAUGAAAACUCAUCAUUGGAGCUGCUUCUUUAUUAUCUUAUCAUCAAUAGAGUUUUGGACCAUCCUCUUCUUCGCCUUUCCCUCCGCAAAAGCCCUCAAGGCAUUUGAAUUAUGUAAUAAUGCUUCAAAAUCUAACUCAAGAAGAAUCCUACAUCAGCCGCUUUUUCCGGCAGCAUCAGCUCCGGCGUUACCUCCGCCUUCGCCGUCACUGGACACUCCUUCCCCUCCGGAAAUUCCUUUCUUCAACGAGAAUCCACCAGGUCCACCGCCGGCGGACCUGAACCAGCAGCCGGCAGCGAUGGACACCACCAACGGCCGAAUUGCAAACCCGACAGCGACGCAGCCGGCGAAGCCGGUUAAGACAGUGGCGAUUGUGGUAUCUGUCGCGUUCGUUACGUUUGCAAUGCUGUUUGUGCUGGCGUUCUUCUUGUAUAAGCAAACGGCGAAACAGCAGCCGGCGGAAACGACGCAGAAGCUGGUGGCCGUAGGGUCACGAAACGAGUUGCCACCACCGUCGGCGGCGGCGCCACCGUCUAGUUUGUACUACAUUGGGACGGUGGAUCCAAGCAGAGCGUCGGUGAGCGAACCGAGUGAAGAAGCCACUUCGAGUGAAAUGAACCGUUCUUCAUAUCGAAAACUGAAUUCCAUGAAGGUUUCAGAAAGGUACCGUCCCAGCCCCGAGCUUCAGCCAUUGCCGCCGCUAAGCAAAACCGUCGCCGACGGCAGCCAUCCGCCACCGGCUGCCUCCUCGUCAUCUUCGUCCGAUGACGAAGUGGAUAGCCCAGACACGGCGUUUCACUCGCCACAGGCCUCAUCUCUCAGCCUCGAUGAUGGUUACCACACGCCGGUUUCGCGCCACAGUUAUCUCUCCAACGGUAGCAGUACUGCGGCGGCACCGCCAGUUCCUUUCUCGAAGAGAACUUCUCCGAAGUCUCGGAUUUCAGCUUCGUCGGAUACCAGAAUCGCCAUGAUACCACCAAUUAAGCAUGCUCCGCCACGGUCACCAUCCCCGACACAGCAAGAAUCUACCUCCGGUCCUUCCAGACGGCCGACAUUCUCGGCACCUCCUCCAGCACCAAAUUUAACUCAUAUUCAUUCAAAUAUGUCCAAGAAUUCAAUCAAUCCUCCGCCACCGCCACCACCUCCUCCUCCGCCAAUGCGAGCAGCCCCACGGAAGGUUCAGUCUCCAGCAAUAAAUUUGACCUCGUCAUCGUCGUCGUCCUCCCUCCCUGCUUCAAGAAUUCAGCAGGAGUGUUGGUCUCGGAGCCAAGUUGCAGCAUCCGCUGCAAAGAGCAUUGCAAAGGCUUCAGAGGAGUUUAACAAAAUGAAGAGCGUGGCAUCAUCUGAGAAGUUGGACGGUGAUGACGUGGAAGGAGGAAGACCCAAGCUGAAGGCUCUGCAUUGGGAUAAAGUGCGUGCUACAUCUGAACGUGCCACUGUGUGGGACCAGUUAAAGUCAAGUUCGUUUCAAUUAAAUGAGGGCAUGAUGGAGUCUCUCUUUGGCUGCGGUGCCACCAGUUCUGCACCUAAAGAAACGGUUACAAGGAAAUCAGUUAUUCCGCCCGUUGAACAGGAGAACAGAGUGUUAGAUCCCAAGAAGUCCCAAAACAUUGCUAUAAUGCUCAGGGCACUCAAUGUUACUAGAGAUGAGGUCUCCGAAGCUCUCUUGGACGGGAAUCCUGAAGGUUUGGGUGCUGAGCUAUUGGAAACUCUUGUAAAGAUGGCACCAACUAAAGAGGAAGAAAUAAAACUCAAAAGCUAUGAUGCUGGUGUUUCAAAACUAGGCUCUGCAGAGAGAUUCCUUAAAACUGUACUUGACAUACCAUUAGCCUUCAAAAGAGUGGAAGCCAUGUUGUACAGAGCGAAUUUUGACACAGAAGUUAACUACCUUAGGAAAUCCUUUCAAACCCUCGAGACAGCGAGUGAGGAAUUGAAGAACAGCCGGUUGUUCCUCAAACUCCUCGAAGCUGUUCUUAGGACAGGGAACAGAAUGAAUGUUGGAACCUACCGUGGCGAUGCCAAGGCGUUCAAGCUAGACACACUCCUAAAACUUGUAGAUAUAAAGGGAACAGAUGGAAAGACCACAUUGCUUCACUUUGUUGUCCAAGAAAUCAUUAGAACGGAAGGUUCAAGUGGCGAAUCGUCCAGCGAAAAUGCACAGGCAGAAAUGAAUUCUCAAUUUAAUGAUGAUGAGUUCAGAAAGAAAGGAUUGCAGGUUGUGGCUGGACUGAGUAGAGACCUUGGAAACGUGAAAAAUGCUGCAGGAAUGGACUCAGAAGUCUUAAGUAGUUAUGUCUCUAAGCUUGAAUCGGGUCUUGAUAAAGUGAGAUUGGUUCUGCAGCAUGAAAAGCCGGGUAUGCAGGGGAAUUUCUUCAACUCAAUGAAGCUUUUCCUGAAAGUUGCCGAGGCGAAAAUCAUUACGAUUAAGUCUGAUGAGAGAAAGGCUUUGUUCCUUGUGAAAGAAGUAACAGAGUACUUUCAUGGGAAUAUGGCAAAGGAAGAAGCGCAUCCUUUUAGAAUCUUCAUGAUUGUGAGAGACUUUCUCAAUAUUUUGGAUCAGGUCUGCAAAGAAGUGGGGAAGAUGCAGGACAAAACUGUGAUUAACUCCGCGAGAUCCUUCAGGAUAGCGGCGAGCGCGUCGUUACCAGUUCUCAACAGGUACCAUGCAAGGCAAGAUACAACCAGUUCAGAUGAAGAGAGCUCAUCACCCUAGUGUUUGUGAUUUGUGAAUAUGAAAGAAAAAUAGUGAAAAUGAAUGUUUUAGCAAAUUUAUGUGUUCAUUGCUAGAAUUUCACCAAUAGUUCCAUCAUAGGUAUAAAGUUCAUAAUGAAAAUCUCGUUUCACAUGCCCUUUUUAAUAUAGGUUUUAUAAGAUGAGAAUCCCACGCAUUUUCAUA